GUCCGGGUUUGUGAAGAGUCGCAACGUAUUUGUACAGAAUGUCAUCAGAUGAGGAGAAAUGCUCACUGCCAGUUAUGAAGAAUGACUCUGACCGAGGCAGUUCUGUCUCUUCAGAUCUUCAGGAAGAGUAUGAAGAACUGCUUCGUUAUGCUAUUGUGACUCCAAACAUUGAGUCGAGAGCUUCACAGCCUUGUCAUUCUAAAGGAGAAGUGGUGCCAGAUGUUAGGAUUCCUACUGUAGUAGAUGAUAUUCUUCAUAAUCAAGGAAAUAGCCCUGUAGUAAAAGAAACAAGGAUGGAAGUUGGAAAAGGAUGUGAUUUGAAUAUUUCAAGUCAUUCAAAGACAGAUGGGUCAUCACCAGUGUUGUCACCGAGGAAGCCUUCUCACCCGGUCAUGGACUUUUUCAGUUCCAACCUCUUAGGUGACUCUUCCUCACCAGCAUCUGUUUCUAGUCAUGCAGAUGCCCAUGAAAUCGUUGUGAGCGAUUUUCUUAUUUCUGAUGAAAACCUUCAGAAGAUGGAAAAUGUACUUGAUCUUUGGAGUUCAGGACUUAAGACAAACAUCAUAUCUGAACUAAGUAAAUGGAGACUUAAUUUUAUUGACUGGCACCGAAUGGAAAUGAAAAAAGAGAAAGAAAAACACGAAGCACAUUUAAAACAACUGUGCAACCAGAUCAACAGUUUGAAGGAGCUGCAAAAAGCCUAUGAAAUCUCUAUUGGGAGAAAAGAUGAGGUGAUUUCUAGCUUGUCUCAUGCCAUAGGCAAGCAAAAGGAAAGGAUAGAGCUGAUGAGAACAUUCUUCCACUGGCGAAUUGGCCAUGUUAAAUCCAGACAGGAUGUCUAUGAAGGCAAACUAGCUGACCAGUACUUCCAGAGAACUUUACUGAAGAAAGUCUGGAAAGGCUGGCGAUCCGUAGUACAGAAGCAAUGGAAAGAUGUGGUGGAACGAGCCUGUCAAGCAAGAGCAGAAGAAGUUUGUGUCCAGAUUUCCAACGAUUAUGAAACCAGAGUUGCUGCGUUAUCUGGAGCUUUGGAAAAUGCAAAAGCUGAGAUCCAAAGAAUGCAGCAUGAAAAAGAGCAUUUUGAAGAUUCCAUGAAGAAAGCUUUCAUGAGGGGGGUGUGUGCAUUAAAUCUCGAAGCUAUGACUAUAUUUCAAAACAAAGGCGAUACAGGGACAGACUUCACAAAUAAAAAAGAAGAGUAUGGUCCUGGUGUUCAAGGAAAAGAACAUUCUGCUCAUUUGGAUCCUUUGGCCCCUCCGAUGCCCUCACUGAUUGUGCCACCACCAUCCCCACCAGCAGCCGCCGUGGGAGCAGCCUGUGCUGCCACAUUUCCCUCUGCUGCUUCCAUCACUUCUGUCGGGGCUGCUUCUGCUUCCUCUGCUCACCUUCCUGUUACCUCAACUCUGGGUGCUGGAUCUGCAGCCACUGCUGGACCAGAAGAAAUGUAUGUGCCCAGAAUUGUGACAUCUGCACAACAGAAAGCUGGAAAAACAAUUACAGCCCGGAUCACAGGGAGAUGUGAUUUUGCCUCAAAAAACCGAAUUAGUAGCAGCUUAGCUAUAAUGGGAGUUUCUCCUCCCAUGAGCUCAGUUGUUGUGGAAAAGCAUCAUCCAGUCACAGUGCAAACCAUUCCUCAAGCUGCUGCUGCAAAAUAUCCCCGGACGAUUCAUCCUGAAAGUAGUACCUCAGCUUCUAGAUCCCUCGGAACCAGGUCAACUCACACCCAGUCUCUCACAAGCAUUCAUUCCAUAAAAGUGGUUGACUAA